AUGCGGCCAGGGACGAGCCGCGGUUCCGAGCAGCUGAACCCCGGCACCGCCGCCGCCCCUCGAUCCCUGCUUCAGCGCAUCGUGGGAUCGAUCCAAGCCCACGAGCUGCUCGGGGCCUCCCCGGAGCGGCCGGACGCGGGUAAAUUCACACUGCUGCGAGACACCCGGACAGAUGGCAGCUUCCUGGUGCACCACUUCCUCUCCUUCUACCUCAGAGCUGGCUGCAAGGUUUGCUUUGUGGCCCUGCUCCAGUCCUUCAGCCACUACAGCAUCGUGGCACAGAAGCUGGGGGUCAAUCUGGCAGCUGCCAAGGAGCAGGGACAGCUUGUCUUCCUGGAGGGCCUCAAGUCCUGCCUUGACCUCCUGUUUGGGGAGGAGGAGCAGCCAGGACAGCCCAGUCCUCUGCAGUUCCUGAGCGGGAGCAGCGGUGAGCUGCGAGCCCUGUUUGACUUUGUGCGGGUGUCCCUGACUCCCUGUGCCCAGGCUUCCUGGAAAGGGCCCGUGCUGCUGGUGGAUGACCUCAGUGUGCUGCUGAGCCUGGGGGCUGCUCCAGUGGCCGUGCUGGACUUCAUCCACUACUGCCGUGUGUCCGUGUGCUGCCAGCUGCAGGGGAACAUCGUGGUGCUGGUUCACAGCAGCGAGGAUUCAGAAGAUGAGGAGAACGAGCUGGUUGUGAACUCCCUGUGCCAUCACAGUGACCUCAUCCUGUGGGCAGAGGGGCUGGCCACUGGCUUCUGCAAGGAUGUUCAUGGGCAGAUUAAGAUAAUCAAGAGAUUGUCCUUGCGGCAGGCAGCGGAGCAGGAUCAGGUCCAGAUCUACCAGUACAAGAUCCAGGACAGGAACGUCACCUUUUUCGCGCGGGGGCUGUCGGCUGCAGUCCUGUGACACUGCUGGGAAUGGCAGUCCUGUGACACUGUGACACUGCUGGGAAUGGCAGUCCCUGCCUUUGCAAAAACACCACCAGCACCUCUCGGGAGCAGCGCAGCAGCCUGACCCAGGGGGGAAGCUCAGACACUCCUGGAAGUGCUGCCAAGGUGGGAUCAGCCUGCCUGGAGCCUGCUGCAUCCCUUUGUCCUCCCACCCCGUUCCCAACACGCUCAGGCCAAGAAGAGGAGCAAGAACUUGCAAGAAUGGCCCUUAGAGCCUGUGAGUACAGGCAGGGGUGCCCCGCGGGCUGGGUGUGCCGUGCCUCACCUUUUCCGGAGUGCCGGGCAGUGCCUGGCGCUGCGCGGGGAGCGCCCCCCUCCCUGCGCUGGCACGGGAGCAGGUGACACACCGCGGGUGGAGCAGGGAAGGUCUGGGAGCCUGGUGCAAUCCUCUCCUUGCUCCUGGUUCUGGCUGCCAGAGAUGUGCCCAGCUCCCAGCUCCAGCUGCCUGCAGUUGGUACAUCCACAGCUCUGUGUACAGCCCUCACGACCUGGGCGCUGCCGUGCUUCAUCCCAGGCUCCUCCUGGGUUUGUGGCCAGAUAAACCCCUCUGUGAGCCAGCCCCUGCUUCCUCAUCCCAGAGCCUGACUGGCAGCUCCCUGACCUGCCUGUGCUGAAGCAGUCUGUAAAAAUAAUAACCUGUAAUCUUAGUGAGAUAAGGGUACAGUGGUUAAGUAACCAUGGGUCUCUGGGUGGGAACUGCUCUCCAUCUGCUCCUUGGCAGGGAGCAGGAAUCUCCCAAGCCUGGAUGAGGAGAGGCCCUUCCCCAUGGCCACAAGGGCAACCCUAGGAGCAGAGUUCGGGCCUGCAGGUCUCCUGGAAGAUGCUCCUGCUGGGAUAUCCCAUUUAUCCUGGGAGAUGAGAACAUCCCACACACUUGUGAGAGUCCAGAGCAACCUGCCAGGUGCUUGCAGCUCCAGAGCUGGGAUAGCAGCUCUGGCAGCGCGACACAUUCCUGAUUUUCCACGUAGACUCAGUGACCCAUCCUCUGCUGGUUUGGGAAUGUUUUUCCUUAGUUUUGGGAGCUCAGGGCUGUGACUGCUGAUCAGUGGCAGCCCAGGGAAGCCAGGCGGGCUCCAGGGAUUGUGGCAAAGCCACAGGGGAGGGAGGGGGGUCAGGCUGUGUGUGUGCUAUAGGCCCACUUGUCCCUGGUGUCCCCGGGUGUCUCUGUGCUCUGCUGUGGAAGUGGCAGUGCCCAGUGGCACUGCUGCUGUCCCAGGGUGGUGGCAGUGCCCAUGCAGUGUCACAGUCUGCCUAGGGAGGAUGAGAGGAGCAGCAGCUGCUGGCAGUGCAGCUGUGAUGGGCACAGAAUGGUGUAUAAUUGGAGUAGUAUCUGUAUGAUUAUCCUUGGAGAGAUCCCAAAGCCGACCCCCAGGCUCUGCCUCUCCCUUUUGAAACCAGCACGGUUAUUGUGUGACAUCAGCACUGUGACAUCAGCACCGUGUGACAUCACUGCUGACUUUGGCCUGGUUCCUUCUGCCCUUAGCCAGUGUCUGUAUCCAAGAAAAGGGCUGGAGCCUGGGCCUGCCCCCCCCCGUGUCCCCUGCAGGGAGUGUUCCUGUGUUCAGAGCCCCUCAGAUGUGCACUGUGCAGUGUGAGCUCAGACAGGGACGUGGAGCCGGUGGGGGCUGCUGAGUCCCAGCCAGGACCUGAGCCAGCCCGGCCCGGUGGCCAGCAGUGGCCUUGGCCAGCAGGACGUGCCGUGGCAGCCGUGCUGAGCCGAGGCCAGCAGCGCGGCCGUGCUGGGGCCAGGGCAGCGCAGAGUGGCUGUCAGCAAUGGUGCCGUGGUGGCAGCACACCGUGGCCUUGCCGGGGUCAGCCACCAGCUGCGUGCUCAGGGCCGCUGCCUCGGCACUGUUUGUGUGCCGGAGUGAGGAACCGGGUGGGGCUUGGCCUGAGGGCUCCGCUCUCCGUUCCCUCGAGUGGAGGGAGCGGCAGGCAGGGCUUGCACCAGGGCUGGGGCUGGUGGGACAGGGGGGCAGGGCCGUGGGAGAGCAGCAGCGGCUGCAGGGACUGUUGGUGAACAUCGGUGACGGUGCCAGGGCCUGGAAAGGCUGUUGUGGGGGUGCUCAGCUGCUGGGGGAGAAGGAAAGAUCCUUGGCCUGUGGGCACCGUGUGUCCCUUCCAUGUGCCCAGUGCUCCCAGUGCCCACUUCUGUUCCCGGGAAUCAGAGUCACCGCUGUCCCUGCACCGAGCCUGGGCUCUCCCUCCCGGUGUGCUCUGCCCCGGGGUGCUCCAGGGCUCCUCCUGACCCUCCUGGCGACUCCCAGCGCCCGCCCCGCACGCUCCUGCAUGGGCCGGCCCCGCUCUGCCCCCUGUGAUCACUGAUAACACUGAUUAACACUGAUUAACACUGAUUCGUGUUAAUCGUAGAAGUUUUGGAGUUUGUAUAAACCAGAAUACUUAAAAUAAGAACGUGGACCCAAAUAAAAGGAAAUAUAUGAUUAA